GAGCAGACAUAAAACCGAGGUGCCUGGGCGAGAGCGGACAGUACUGAGUUUCUGCUGGGGCCUGGUGCUGGAUUCUCCCGUCGUCUUCUUGCGAUUGACUGUAUGAAGGCUCGGCAGUGACUGGGGGGAAAAAAAACACUCUUCUUUCGUCCUUUCUUCAUUUCUUCCUCAAAGGCCCUGCGUGUCUAAUAUUUAGACAUGUUCAGCUUUGUGGAUUCAAGGACUGUUCUGCUUCUUGCAGCGACUCAGCUCUGUCUAUUAGCAGUUGUCAAAUGUCAGGACGUGGAAGUCCCUGGCAGCUGCACGCAGGACGGGCAGAGCUAUAGCGAUAAGGAUGUGUGGAAGCCCGAGCCGUGUCGAAUCUGUGUGUGUGACACCGGGACCAUCCUCUGCGACGAGAUCAUCUGCGAGGACAUUAAAGACUGCCCUAACCCCGAAAUACCUUUCGGAGAAUGCUGCCCCAUCUGCCCCGCCGGCGAGACCUCCCCCGGUGAGCAACCUGGUCGUAAGGGACAGAAGGGUGAACCAGGAGAUAUAACCGAUGUUGUGGGACCGAGAGGACCAGGAGGCCCAAUGGGACCUCCAGGAGAACAAGGACCAAGAGGCGAGAGAGGAGACAAAGGUGACAAAGGCGGUCCCGGCCCUCGUGGCAGAGAUGGUGAACCCGGCACCCCUGGGAACCCCGGACCCCCUGGACCACCCGGACCCAACGGUCCCCCUGGCCUUGGCGGAAACUUUGCUGCUCAGAUGGCAGGAGGUUUUGAUGAGAAAGCUGGUGGUGCUCAAAUGGGCGUGAUGCAAGGACCAAUGGGCCCCAUGGGUCCCCGAGGGCCACCCGGCCCCACUGGCGCUCCUGGCCCACAAGGUUUCCAAGGCAACCCCGGAGAGCCUGGUGAACCCGGAGCUGCUGGCCCCCUUGGUCCCCGUGGCCCCCCUGGACCUUCUGGCAAACCUGGUGAAGAUGGUGAAGCUGGCAAGCCUGGCAAAUCUGGAGAGCGUGGCUCACCUGGCCCCCAGGGUGCACGUGGUUUCCCAGGAACCCCUGGACUCCCCGGGAUCAAAGGUCACAGAGGUUACCCAGGUCUAGACGGGGCGAAGGGAGAGGCUGGAGCUGCAGGCUCAAAGGGUGAAGCUGGUUCUCCUGGUGAGAAUGGAGCUCCCGGUCCCAUGGGUCCACGCGGUCUUCCCGGCGAGAGAGGGCGUAAUGGACCUUCUGGUGCUGCUGGUGCUCGUGGUAACGACGGUCUGCCUGGUCCCGCUGGUCCUCCCGGCCCCGUGGGUCCCGCUGGUGCCCCUGGCUUCCCCGGAUCUCCAGGUUCUAAGGGUGAAGCUGGUCCCACAGGUGCACGUGGUCCCGAGGGAGCUCAGGGCCCAAGAGGCGAGUCUGGUACCCCCGGCUCUCCGGGCCCCUCCGGCGCUUCUGGUAACCCCGGUACUGAUGGGAUCCCCGGAGCUAAAGGUUCAGCUGGUGCUCCUGGUAUUGCUGGUGCUCCCGGCUUCCCUGGUCCACGUGGACCCCCAGGACCUCAGGGUGCAACUGGGCCUCUCGGGCCAAAAGGUCAACAGGGUGACCCCGGUAUUCCAGGAUUCAAGGGUGAACAUGGUCCCAAAGGCGAGCACGGCCCUGCUGGUCCUCAAGGUGCCCCCGGCCCGGCUGGAGAGGAAGGAAAGAGAGGCGCCCGAGGAGAGCCUGGCGCUGCUGGCCCACUCGGACCCCCCGGAGAGAGAGGUGCUCCCGGUAACCGUGGUUUCCCAGGUCAAGAUGGUCUUGCAGGUCCCAAGGGUGCCCCUGGCGAGCGUGGUCAGCCCGGUGUUGGCGGUCCCAAAGGUGCCAACGGUGAUCCCGGCCGCCCCGGAGAGCCUGGCCUGCCCGGUGCCAGAGGUCUUACUGGUCGCCCUGGUGAUGCUGGUCCUCAAGGCAAAGGUGGUCCAUCUGGUGCCGCUGGUGAGGAUGGUAGACCAGGACCCCCCGGCCCCCAGGGUGCCCGCGGUCAGCCUGGUGUUAUGGGAUUCCCCGGACCUAAAGGAGCCAACGGUGAGCCCGGAAAGGCUGGCGAGAAGGGAUUGGUUGGCCCUCCAGGUCUAAGAGGUCUGUCUGGUAAAGAUGGUGAGACCGGAGCUGCAGGACCCCCAGGCCCGUCUGGCCCAGCUGGCGAGAGAGGAGAGCAAGGUCCCCCAGGUCCUUCCGGAUUCCAGGGUCUGCCCGGACCUCCCGGCCCCCCAGGUGAAGGUGGCAAGCCAGGUGACCAGGGUGUUCCCGGAGAAGCUGGUGCUGCAGGCAGAGCUGGUCCCAGAGGUGAGCGUGGUUUCCCUGGCGAGCGUGGAUCUCCAGGUGCUCAGGGUCUUCAGGGACCCCGAGGUUUGCCAGGAACUCCUGGAACUGACGGUCCCAAGGGUGCGACCGGCCCAUCUGGUGCACUAGGAGCCCAGGGACCCCCCGGCCUGCAGGGAAUGCCCGGUGAGAGAGGCGCUUCUGGGAUUGCCGGCGCCAAGGGUGACAGAGGUGACGUUGGUGAGAAGGGACCCGAGGGAGCUUCCGGUAAAGAUGGUUCACGAGGUCUGACCGGUCCAAUUGGUCCCCCCGGCCCAGCUGGUCCUAAUGGCGAGAAGGGUGAAUCUGGUCCCUCUGGUCCUCCCGGAGCUGCUGGAACCCGCGGUGCUCCUGGUGACCGUGGUGAGAAUGGUCCCCCUGGCCCUGCUGGAUUUGCUGGUCCCCCUGGUGCUGAUGGUCAGCCUGGUGCUAAAGGAGAGCAAGGAGAAGGUGGACAGAAGGGAGAUGCAGGUGCCCCCGGCCCACAGGGUCCUUCUGGAGCUCCUGGCCCACAGGGCCCAACUGGCGUGUCCGGACCUAAAGGUGCCCGUGGUGCCCAGGGACCUCCUGGUGCAACUGGUUUCCCUGGUGCUGCUGGCAGAGUUGGUCCUCCCGGCCCCAACGGUAACCCCGGACCCGCUGGUCCUGCUGGAUCUGCUGGUAAAGAUGGCCCCAAGGGCGUGCGUGGCGACGCGGGUCCCCCCGGUCGUGCUGGAGAUGCUGGUCUGCAGGGUGCCGCUGGACCCCCUGGAGAGAAGGGCGAGCCUGGCGAGGAUGGUCCCCCUGGUCCCGAUGGCCCCUCCGGUCCUCAGGGUCUGGCUGGCAAUCGUGGUAUUGUUGGUCUUCCCGGACAGCGUGGUGAGAGAGGCUUCCCCGGACUUCCCGGCCCAUCUGGUGAACCUGGCAAACAAGGAGCUCCUGGUGGUGCUGGAGACCGGGGACCCCCUGGACCUGUCGGACCCCCAGGUCUGUCUGGACCUUCCGGAGAACCUGGCAGAGAGGGCAACCCUGGAUCGGAUGGUCCUCCAGGUAGAGAUGGUUCCGCUGGCAUCAAGGGUGACCGUGGUCAGACAGGCCCAGCUGGUGCUCCCGGUGCCCCUGGCGCCCCAGGAUCCCCCGGACCCGUUGGCCCAACUGGCAAACAAGGAGACAGAGGAGAGUCUGGCGCACAAGGACCUGCUGGACCUCCUGGCCCCGCUGGCGCUAGAGGAAUGGCUGGACCCCAAGGACCCCGUGGAGACAAGGGUGAGGCCGGAGAGACUGGAGAGAGAGGACAGAAGGGUCACCGUGGCUUCACUGGCCUGCAGGGUCUUCCCGGACCUCCAGGUACUGCUGGAGACCAAGGUGCUGCUGGUCCUGCUGGCCCAACUGGUGCAAGAGGCCCACCCGGCCCCGUCGGUCCCCAUGGUAAGGACGGUUCUAACGGCCAGCCAGGUCCUAUUGGCCCACCUGGUCCUCGUGGUCGUUCUGGAGAAGUUGGCCCAGCUGGUCCCCCUGGUAAUGCCGGACCCCCUGGCCCACCUGGUCCUCCCGGCCCCGGAAUCGACAUGUCCGCCUUCGCCGGGCUUGCCGCUCCUGAGAAAGCCCCGGAUCCCAUGAGGUACAUGCGGGCCGACGAGGCCUCCAGCUCCCUGAGGCAGCACGACGCCGAGGUCGACGCCACCCUCAAAUCCCUCAACAACCAGAUCGAAAACAUCCGCAGCCCCGAGGGCUCCAAGAAGAACCCAGCCCGUACCUGCAGAGACCUGAAACUGUGCCACCCCGACUGGAAGAGCGGAGACUACUGGAUCGAUCCCAACCAGGGCUGCGCGGUCGAUGCCAUCAAGGUGUUCUGCAACAUGGAGAGCGGGGAGACCUGCGUGUACCCCAACCCAGCCAGCAUCCCCCGCAAGAACUGGUGGACCAGCAAGAGCGCGGACCGCAAACACGUCUGGUUCGGAGAGACCAUGAAUGGAGGAUUCCAUUUCAGCUAUGGUGAUGACAGCCUGGCCCCCAACACUGCCAGCAUCCAGAUGACGUUCCUGAGACUGCUGUCCACAGAGGCUUCCCAGAACCUCACCUACCACUGCAAGAACAGCAUCGCCUACAUGGACCAGAGCGCCGGCAACCUGAAGAAGGCCGUCCUGCUGCAGGGCUCCAACGAUGUGGAGAUCAGAGCCGAGGGGAACAGCCGCUUCACCUACAACGUGCUGGAGGACGGCUGCACGAAACACACUGACCGAUGGGGCAAGACGGUAAUCGAGUACAAAUCCCAGAAGACGUCCCGCCUGCCCAUUGUGGACAUUGCACCUCUAGAUAUCGGAGGGUCAGACCAGGAAUUUGGCGUCGACAUUGGCCCAGUCUGCUACUUGUAAAAUAACUUAAUAAGAAGCAAGAAAAAGUUCAAACAAAACUCACUCACACUCAAAAAGAAAGCAAAACAAUCUAAUUUUUUUUUUUUUUUUUAACGGACGUUUAAGUACUUUCCAGUCACUCCUAGGACUUCUGCACUGAAUGGCUCCACGAAAUCCCACCCGCGAUCCUCACAGCUUCCAGACUUCCCAACACCGGGGCUGGGCAGACGACCUACGAACAAACGCUAACGAGCAAAAAAAAAAAAAAAAAAAACUAAAAAAAACUUGGUGUUAUUUAUUUAUUGUCUUCCUGUAAGAUUCAAAGGGGUGAGAGGUGUGUUAUGAAAUGGUUUGUU